AUGGAGAAGACGACUCUUUUUCACUGCCUUAUCAAGAAGAUGACAGUGGGGAACAAGACCAACCCCAUGUUGUUUCUCUCCAUCCUAUUGUUUCUCGUUGCUCUCGACUGGUUCAUUACAUUUUUAGACUUUUGUUUAAGCGUUCGGGACUUGCUUCAAACCUGUAUUGCCUUCAUUUCCAGGGCACGGGGAGCCUGUGCUGGUUGCAACAGCAGCUCCAGCUUACAGCCUAAUGAAAAUGCGGAUGAUGGUGAUGGUGAACUGCUGGCGAGAGGAGAUUUAGAAAUGGUGAUGGAGAAGCUGGGAUUUCACUGUGACCCAGAUGAGGAACUGGGCUCAAGUCAGUUUGCUCUGCUGUUUGAGGAAGAGCCCAGUACUGGGGAAGUGAAGGAAGCAUUUCAAGUUUUUGAUGAGAACAGGGAUGGAUAUGUUGAUGCAGGGGAGUUGAAUAAAGUCCUUCGUACACUUGGGUUUGUGCUAGCUUCUGAGGUGGAAUGCGAGAAAAUGAUUCAAGCUUUUGAUGAUGAUGGAGAUGGCAGAAUAGACUUCGAUGAAUUCACGAAACUCGUGGAGAAGAGUUUCUGCUAA